CGCGGGCCCCGCCCGAGGAGAACCGUACAGACUUUUGACUGGUGUUGAGUACAUUGUUGGGAGGAAAAACUGUGCCAUUCUAAUUGGAGAAGAUCAGUCAAUCAGUCGAAAUCAUGCUGUGUUAACUGCUAACUUUUCUGUACCCAACCUGAGUCAAACAGAUGAAAUCCCUAUAUUGACAAUAAAAGAUAAUUCUAAGUAUGGUACCUUUGUUAAUGAGGAAAAAAUGCAGAAUGGCCUUUCCCAAACUUUGAAGACAGGGGAUAGAGUUACCUUUGGAGUGUUUGCAAGUAAAUUCAGAGUAGAGUAUGAGCCUUUGGUUGCAUGCUCUUCUUGUUUAGAUGUCUCUGGGAAAACUGCUUUAAAUCAAGCUGUAUUGCAACUUGGAGGACUUACUGUGAACAGUUGGACAGAAGAAUGUACUCAUCUUGUCAUGAUAUCAGUUAAAGUUACAAUUAAAACAAUUUGUGCACUCAUUUGUGGAUGUCCAAUUGUAAAGCCAGAAUAUUUUACUGAAUUUCUCAAAGCAGUUCAGUCCAAGAAACAGCUUCCACAAAUUGAAAGUUUUUACCCACCUAUUGAUGAACCAGCUAUUGGAAGUAAAAAUAUUGAUCUGUCAGGACGACAGGAAAGAAGACAAAUCUUCAAAGGGAAAACAUUUGUAUUUUUAAAUACCAGACAGCAUAAGAAAUUAAGUUCAGCAAUUAUUUUGGGGGGUGGAGAAGCUCGACUGUUAACGGAAGAAAAUGAAGAAGAAGAUAGUUUCUUUUCAGCUCCUGGAACUUGUGUUGUUGAUACAGGAACAACAAAUUCACAGAUCUUAAUUCCUGACUCUCAGAAAAAAUGGAUUUAUUCAAUUAUGGAUAUGCUCCAAAGGCAGGGUCUUAGACCUAUUCCUGAAGCAGAAAUUGGAUUGGCAGUUAUUUUCAUGACUACAGAGAAUUACUGUGAUCCUCGAGGACAGCCCAGUACAGGAUUAAAGACAAGAACUCCAGGGAAAAGCCUCUCACAAGGCUUGUCAGUCAAUGAAAAACUAAUGCCAAGUGCCCGAGUGAAUACUACAACAUAUGUACCUGACACAGAAUCACAGCAAGCAGAUACAUGUAUGGAUUUAAGUGAACAGCCAAAAGAAAUCAAAAUCUCCAGAAUGGAACAAAAAUUCAGAAUGCUUUCACAAGAAACAUCCACUAUAAAGGAACCCCCCAAAACAAGCUCUAAUAAUAAUAAUAAUACAGUGUCAAAUACUCUGGUUAGAGUGAAAAUCCCAGACUACCAGCUUUCACCAACUAAACUCCCAGGUGUAAAUAAAAGUAGAGAUCGGGCUUCUCAGCCGCAGCAGACCAACUCCAUCAAAAACUACUUUCAGCCAUCUACCAAAAAAAGGGAAAGGGAUGAAGAAAAUCAAGAAAUGUCUUCAUCCAAAUCAGCAAGAAUAGAAAUGUCUUGUUCUCUUUUUGAACAAACGCAACCUGCUACAACCUCAAUACAGAAAAAUAAGGAGCAACAUCUAUCUCAGAAUGUGCCUGUGGACAAAAAAUCAGAUAACUUAUUUAUAAAUAUAGAUUUAAAAUCCAAUUCUGCCAAUAAAUCUCUUUCUACAGAAAAUCUAAGAUCAGAAAAAAGAAAAGAAAUUGAUGAUUUGGCCAUAGAUGAUGAAGUAUUGGAACAGUUAUUUAAGAACACAAAACCAAAGUUAAAAAUUGAAAUGAAAGUUCAAAAAGAAGAGGAAGAUGUCAGUAUUAGAAAAAGGCCAAGGAUAGAUAGUGAAACAGAUGACACUUUUAAUGAUGAAGCAUUAUCAGAAAAUAAAGUAUCUGUAAAAAAUCUAAGAUCAGAAAAAAGAAAAGAAAUUGAUGAUUUGGCCAUAGAAGAUGAAGUAUUGGAACAGUUAUUUAAGAACACAAAACCAGAGUUAAAAAUUGAAAUGAAAGUUCAAAAAGAAGAGGAAGAUGUCAAUAUUAGAAAAAGGCCAAGGAUAGAUAGUGAAACAGAUGACACUUUUAAUGAUGAAGCAUUAUCAGAAAAUAAAGUAUCUGUAAUAAUUUUCCUUUUCAUAUUUCUUAUUUCUUCUAUAUCUUAUCUAUGUAUCUUAACCACAUUUAAGAACAAUGAUGAACUUCAGGACAAUAGUGAGAUGCUUCCAAGAAAGGUGUUACUGACUGAAUUUAGAUCACUGGUGGUUAAUAACUUUACUUCCAGAAAUCCGUCUGAUAUAAAUAAUGAUUAUGGUCAACUAAAGAAUUUCAAGAAAUUCAAAAAGGUCACAUUUCCUGGAGCAGGAAAACUUCCACACAUCAUUGGAGGAUCAGAUCUGAUAGCUCAUCAUGCUCGAAAGAAUACAGAAUUAGAAGAGUGGUUAAGGCAGGAAAUGGAGGUGCAAAAUCAACAAGCAAAAGAAGAGUCUCUUGCCGAUGAUCUCUUCAGAUAUAAUCCUAAUGUAAAAAGGAAAAGAUAACUGAAGAUUUUAAAAAGAAGCCACGGAAAAAUAUUUCCUAGCAUGCAUUUACUUCAUGCUAACUGGGAUACAUGAAUAUGGCACAUAGAAGAGAUUUGUUACAAAUAUUUUGUGGCCUAAAUUUGUCAAAUAAAAUGCACAAAAUGCACAAAACUCCA